CUCUAUGACCUCAUGUGUAUCAGGAGGUUAAGUGGGUAAAAGUGAAAAAGUGCCAUGAAAAACGAUUGCAGUAAUUCUGUAUUUCAUGUAUUCUUGCCAGUUAAUUGCCUUAUUUCUUAAUCCUAGCGUUGCACUGUAUAUCGUUUCAUGACAGCAGGCUGUGAAGUGUUUAAAUGUGCGUAAAAUACGGUUUCCUAAGUUAAACCAGUCUAGUAGACCAAGUGACUAUACUCAAUAUUAUUAUUAUGAAGCAAGCUGAUUAUUCAAUUAAUUUCAAACCUCCCAUUAUUUAUUCCCAUAUGACACAUCGGAAUCGGUCCCUGAACGUAAGAUGAACCAGUCUCAGUGCAUUAACGUUGUGUAAUAUAAAACCAAUUGAAUCAUUGUAUCUCCUAAACUGAUGAACUAAUAUCUCCUGCAAGAAGGAAUGAAUUAAGCACUCUCCCAAUUCCUUUCUUCAUAUUAUGUGCAAUUUAUUUCUAUGAAUGGUCUCUAAGGAAGUGUUAAGUGUGUGGCAUGAAGGUACUGAAUGAAAGCGUCAUUCACCUUUUAACCAAAGUUAGCUGUAUUGAAUUUCAUCAUGUGACCAUGAAGUGCUGGCCUUCUGAAGGCUCAAACAUGUUCCUUCGUCGAUAAUUGGUAGCAAUGAAUAUAAAGUUGUCUUUCACCCUCUUCAAAUGGAGAAAGAUCACCCUAAUUCAUACGAACUGUUACACAUGACAGAAACUGACAGUGACACUAACCUAGAGUUCUCAGAAAUUGUUCUGCAAGCCCCGAGGAGAAAAAAGUAUCGCAGGAGGGCAACCAAAGGAUCAUCUUCAAAAAUGUCCAGCCAUGGUCUAGAAUGUUGGUGGGCCGGGCGGAUUGUGAGUUUGAUCUUCAUUUCUGGAGCGCUUCUAUGUUGGCUGGUCGCUCUCACAUGGUUCAUUGUCGUGCUCCACUCAGAACUCAGGAGACUGGAUCUAGAUGUCAUGUCGGUUGUCGCUGGCAAUCAAGGGAUUCCGGAUGCUCUCCAAAAAUGUCACUCCCUGUCAAGAGAGUUGCAGCAAAACCAAACUGAUCUCCGCAAUAGAUUUAAUAUUCUCUCUGCACAACUGGCCAAUUUCAGCAAACAGAUGACAACCAUAGGAAAUGGCCUAUUUGAUGUGGAACAAAGGUUAAGGUCUUCUCCCGAGUUAGUCAAUGUGCCUAAAAUAUUGGAAGAUGUCGCAUCAUUAGGAAGUAAAGUAAAUGAUUAUGUUACCACCACGGACCAACUAAAACAAACAACUCAAAAUCUAGAGAAAGCUCAACAUAUUAUAGAAUCUAAUAUCACCGCACUUAAGCAAAACUUAACAACUAUCAGAAGUGCUCCUAAUAUUUUGACUUCAGAAACUGAAAAACACCAAAAUGAAGAAAAAGAAAAAGUACUUAAUCGAAUAAAAAAAGUGGAGGAUGACAUUAAGGCUGUGAAUGAAACACUUUCUGAAAAACUGCAAUGGGCUGUCAACGAUCAAAUCAAAGACCAUAGCGCAAUUGAAAACUUACAGACUGUCAGUCAGAAUGUCAGUGCACAAGUCACUACGCUUCAAGGUGUCUGUUCAUCUCAAGUGCUCAAUAAUUUGUCUACUUCCGUCCAAAAAAUGCAAACUGAGUUUGUCGGUUCUAUGAAGCAGCUAAGCAGCUUAAAAUCUCAAGUGGCCCAAAUAUUAGAUAAAGAAAAAAUUGCACAAGAUCAUCGUCCUGUGCUUUCUUCAACUGACACCAGUCAAUCUGCUACAACGAAUUUAGGUGUAUAGUCCAAGAGUAACACAAAAUAAGCCACUUCUGCAUGGAUUUGAAUGUGCUCCUCGUCUGAUGGAAGUAAUUUAUUUCACAUCUUUCUUCUUGCUAAGAAAAUGUAUUAACUGAAGAUACUACAAUAGUUAUCUUCUUUUUCCUCAAUCAGGUAUUUUCAGUUGUUUUAAUUUUUAUUCGUUUAUCUUCAAUUUUUAUCAUUUUUAUUGAAUUUCUUAGAUGAUCAAUCCUAACAGUUGAGGACACUGCACAAAUCGCUUUCAUUGGUUCUUCUAAUUAUCCGCACUUCGGACUAUAUUGUGAUAUCAAUAUAAUUUUGAUAGGUAAUGGCUGGAAUUUGAAAAACUUUUUUAUCCAAGUUAAGUCAGGUUUCUGGUUGGAUAGAUGGAUGAACAACACAUACUUUUAAAGGCUGCUCUUGCAUCAAUCCAUCAACUUGGUAUUGUUGUACUAGGUUCGCCAGGAGUUUCAUUUUUUAGUACUGCCAGUACACAGUUUCACAACUUUUUCAUCAAUUUGCUACAUUUCUCAAACCGUCAAUACUAUGAUACAAUUUUUUAUAUAGAAAUCAACCUAAUUUCAAUCAUUACACUGAUUCACUGUAAGUUAAGUAGGAGAGGGAAAGUGCGAAUUCCACCUUGGGGGAACAUUUUGUUUUACAACAUGUGAUUCACUGUAACUUAAGAGGGAGAGGGAAGGUGCUAAUUUCCCUUGGGGAGAACAUUUUU